AUGCAGAGAAGCAUGCAGAGAUAUGCAGGCACGCCGUCGCGCAUACAAAGAACAAUUUUGGGCCUGGGAGGAUAUCGUCGAAGCCCUACUACAGGAUUCGUGGGAACACUGCGGUUCAAGUCGAGCAUCCCAAAAACUCAGAAGGGUGUGAUAUUCUAUGAACACGGCGGUGAGCUGCAGUACAAGGACUUGCCGGUCCCCAAACCCAAGGCCAACGAGAUAUUGGUAAACGUCAAGUACUCCGGAGUCUGCCACACCGACCUGCAUGCCUGGAAAGGUGACUGGACCCAGCUGCCAGUGAAACUGCCACUGGUUGGCGGACACGAAGGUGCCGGUGUUGUGGUGGCAAAGGGCGAAAACGUCACAAACUUCGAAAUCGGAGACCUGGCCGGUAUCAAGUGGCUCAACGGCUCGUGCAUGUCGUGCGAGCUGUGCGAGCAGGGUCACGAACCAAACUGCGAACAUGCAGACCUUUCUGGCUACACCCACGACGGGACUUUCCAGCAGUACGCCACCGCAGACGCUGUCCAGGCUGCGCAGCUUCCCGAGGGCACGAACCUGGCCGAAGUGGCACCCAUCUUGUGUGCCGGCGUCACUGUCUACAAAGCUCUCAAGACGGCGGACUUGGUGCCUGGCCAGUGGGUUGCCAUUUCUGGCGCGGCUGGAGGGCUUGGAUCACUGGCGGUACAAUACGCCAAGGCUAUGGGUCUACAAGUGCUAGGAAUUGACGGCGGAGAAGACAAAAAACAACUCUUCCACAAGCUCGGGGGUGAUGUUUUCGUUGAUUUCAAGAAAACCAAGGAUAUUGUAAGCGAAAUCCAAGAAGCCACUCACGGGGGGCCUCAUGGUGUUAUCAAUGUUUCCGUGUCGGAAGCUGCCAUUUCUUUGUCUACUCAGUAUGUCAGACCUUGCGGUACAGUUGUAUUGGUUGGGCUUCCUGCCAAUGCGUAUGUUAAAUCAGAGGUGUUUUCCCAUGUGGUGAAAUCCAUAUCUCUCAAGGGCUCGUAUGUGGGGAACCGUGCUGAUACCAGAGAGGCAAUCGACUUUUUUAUUCGCGGACUUGUCAAAUCGCCUAUAAAAAUAAUAGGUCUCUCGGAGCUGCCACAAGUUUACGGCUUGAUGGACGCUGGCAAGAUUCUAGGAAGAUAUGUGGUUGACACUUCGAAAUAA